ACCGCGUUCCUGGAUUGACCACCUUGUAUCCUUGCGAGUCGGAGAGUGGCCGGUGCUGGGUCAGACUUGAUCUCCGCCCCUCUCUCGCACACGAAGAAAUCUCACGUCUAUCCACCGCAAGUCGGAUCGUUGGCGGCGAUGGUCAUGUCUUCAGGUCCCCAUGCCGGUCUUCCUCCUGGCCCGUCAACGCUUUUAAUGUCCGCAUGUCCUCGCCUUACCUCCACAAUCCCCCUCAGCCCUCGGUAUCAUGCUGCGCUCGCCCUUGUUAGUCGUCCUCUGCGCGGCUGCUGCAGGUCUUCCCACCUGCGCGUGCAAGCCCAUCGUGGCUGACGGCUCGCCCCUUACUCUCCCAUUCAUGCGGAGGCUCAAUAUCUCAGGUAUUCCCAGCCUCCUGCAACAUGAUCAGGCUCGCGCGAGGGCGCUCGUAGCCGCAUCAAACUCCCGUCCUACUCGAGGAAAGCGCGCACUGCCACAGGUGUUUUCCGCUUCCAUCACGGACCAGGUUGUGGACUACAUCGCGAACGUUGGAAUUGGUGUACCACCAACGUUCUACAACCUGAUCGUUGACACCGGCAGCGCAAACAUAUGGGUCGGUGCGGGGAAAGCAUACGACAGAACAUCAAGUAGUCAGCCGACCGGGCAGUCAGUGUCCGUGCAAUACGGGUCAGGCGAUUUCUCGGGCGAGGAAUUCAUAGACACCGUGACGAUCGGCAGCAUGGUGGUUCCCAACGUCAGCAUCGGUUCCGCGAGCAUCUCACAGGGCUUUGAAGGUGUCGAUGGCGUCCUCGGGCUUGGACCGCGAGAUUUGAAUGUGGGAACUCUGUCUCCUGAUCCUUCGUCGUCAGGGGUGCCGACCCUCCUCGACCAAGCCUUCAGAGAAGGCAUCAUUCCAGAAGAUAUCCUCGGGGUCUUCUUUGCACCGACCACAUCUGCAGACAAUGACCCGAACGGGGAGUUGACGUUUGGAGGUAUCGAUAGCAACAAGACCACUGAGCCUGUCUCUUUCGUACCGAUUACCACGACAUCUCCUUCGUCGGAAUUUAUUGGGUUUGAACAGUCUAUUACCUACGGCUCCAUCGCUUCGACUGCCAGUGUGAUCUUGUCCGCAACCGCGGGUAUUACUGACACUGGAACGACCCUGCUUCUCAUUGCAACUGAUGCUCUGAUGCGGUACAAGGCAGUAACAGGCGCGGUGCUUGAUAACACGACCGGGCUUCUCAAGCUCACCCUCGCCGGGUUCAAUAAUCUGAAGAUUCUGUUCUUCAACAUUGGAGGUACUACAUACGAAUUCACACCGAACGCACAGAUUUGGCCGCGCAGCCUGAACACGGUCAUUGGCGGCGAUCCAAACAGCGUCUACCUUAUUGUCUCAGAUAUCGGGACUGGAAGCGGCGAGGGUUUGGACUUCAUCAACGGAAUGGUUUUCCUGCAACGCUUCUACAGCGUCUUCGACGUUACAAACAAUCGUGUUGGGUUUGCGACCACACAGUUCACGGAUGCGGUGUCGAACUGA